AUGGGAAACAUCAGCUCCUGCUUGGUUAAGCCCCCCGUGCCGGCCGAGACGUCGUCGAGAUGCGCGACGCCGACCGCCACCGCGGCGCACAAUUUCAUCGUAGAGAACUACUCGCUGCUGCUUGACGGCAUGGGCGUCGGCAAGUUCGUCAGCUCGACCAAGUUCAGCGCCGGUGGCAACAACUGGAACAUCAGAUUCUACCCUGACGGCGACGGCCGUGAACCGGGAUACGCUUCAGCCUUCUUGCAUCUCGUAGGAGGGCCAGGACCAACCCACGUGAAGGCCAAGUUCACUUUGAGUCUGCUGGGAAAAGAUGGUAAAGUAUACAAAGAUUCCAAACCUGUGAGCAUCGCGCCGACCUUUGAGAGAGGGGGAGUUAAUAGUACCUGGGGCGUCAUCAAGUUCGUCGAGAAGUCCAUGCUGCAAGAAGCAGACUGCUUCACCGUCAGGUGUGAUUUGACCGUCCUCAAACAGGCCGUCGUGCACAAGAUGUAG